AUGUCUGAGUCAACCAACCAACAAGAAACUGCUUUGAGGGAGAUCGUAGAAGAUACUACCAACGCCAACGAACCAACUGCUAUUGAUAAGACCACUCUUCCGAAUGAGACUUCACAUGAGAGAGAAACAACCACAACGGAGAAUGCCUCUUCAGAGAUUGAGAAUAUCGAACCACAGGUUGCUACUCACAAUUCAGACCUAGAUAAGAGUAUUCCUACAGAUACCAAUAUUAUUUCAGACGUAUCCCAGGCACCGCACGUAUGUCCUGAUAACGAAAACACCGUUCAAACAAGUGAAGAUCUCCAACAAUCCAAUGUGGAAAAACAAAAAAUGGAAUUUCAUAAUGGGUUGGAACAGCUGAAAGAAAUGGCCACUGAAACAGAAAUUGAAAAAUUUGAUGACAUACAGAGGGAAAUUUCAGAUCCGAUUGACGAUGAAUCAUUAAAAAGCACACAAAAACCAGAGUCCUUAGAAACUGAAAAAGUAGAAGCAGACGCCAGUCACAAAGGUCUAGCUGAUGAAGCAGAACAAUUGUCUGACGAAGAAAUCAACGUUGAUGAUAUUUCUAGCGAUGACAAUAGUGAAAGCUCAAGUUCAGAAGAAAGUCUGGGUGAUAGUUCUUCAGAUGAAUCGAGUGAUGAGAAUGAGACUUCUAAUAUUGAUUAUAACGAUGUUGAGGAUGAAGACGAGGAUUCAAAUGAAGGACCUGUCAAAUCCGUCCACGAAAUAAUUGAUGAAAAGGCACCUUCUUUACCCGAUAACUAUGAAAUAUCGCCUAAUACACCUAUUGAGGAAAUUGGUGAAAUUACAGGAUUGGUCGAAAAUACUAUGAUAAUCAAGGCAAGAACGUCUGGAGAGUUUAGAAUUCUACAAGAAAAAUCAAUAUUUUGUUUUGAGGAUAGAACUGUGAUAGGCCCCUUGUUUGAAAUAUUUGGUAGGGUACAACAACCAGUUUACAGUGUCAAAUUCAACUCGGAAGAACAGUUUCUGAAAUUCAAGGAAAGCAAAGGAAAAACUGUGUAUUAUGUUGUACCUGACUCACAGUUCUUGUACACCGAUUCAAUUAAGCACAUAAAAGGAACUGAUGCAAGUAAUUGUCAUGAUGAAGAGCUCCCAGAGGAGGAACAGGAAUAUUCAGACGAUGAAAAAGAACUGGCAGCAAAACUGGCCAAAAAGAAAAAGAAAAAUAAAAAGACUAAAGACAAACAGACACACACUUCGGGGCCAUCAUUACCAAACAAAAGACAGAAAGUUUCGGCAUAUUCUCCUAUAACAACUUACUCUCAGAACGCUGUCCAUAAUAGAGGAAGACAAAUCCUGCCUCAACACAAUACUAUUUACAGCAAUUAUGGUCAACAACAACCACCUCAACAACAACAACAACAAUCGCCUCCAGUUGCUCAGUAUGGACAGCCUUAUUAUCCACAAACAGAUUCUUACAAUAGCUUGAUGGGUCAAACUCCACAGUAUCCACAGCCAACUUUUGGCCAAAGCCAACAUUUCUAUCAAAAUGCAUACAACCAACCAGUGCAACCCCAAUAUGAGCCAGCAUACCAACCACCUCAACAAUACAACCAGUAUCAACAACAACCCCAAGAACAACAACAACAACAACAGUUCAACCCUAAUAUGCCAAAUGCACAAACGCAACAACAGGUUGACCCUGCACAAUUAGAGCACUUACAAAGAUUACUUUUACAGCAUCUACAAAACAAUCAGAAUCAAUACCAACAUCCACCUCAAUAA